AUGUCGACUUUGGGGCUCCUACCUUGGUUGUCGAUGCUAUUCCGUCUGAACUCCAACUUGAGAUUGGUGAGUCUUCAUCCUUUGUGCCCACCGAGAUUACCAUGGAUCCCAUCGGCGGAGGAUGGAGGAAACUUGGCCACGGUCCCCCAUGAAGAGGCCCCUCAACCUUCCCCUGAUCAGCCAUCUGGUGACAUUUUUGACUUCCUAGAUCAGUGGGAUGCAUCUAUAUCUUCCGCGGAGGCUUCCACUCGCCUUGCCACUUCUUCUACAUCGACCGGGGCCCUACCAGAUUCCGGGGCUGAGGCCAUACUUCGGUCAUACAGAGAUGGAGACUUCAUGUCCUUGGAGGACAAAGAUGAGAGAAGCAAGCUCAAGGCCGCCAUUGAGACUUUGGCGAGUUCUGGCUUUUUCCCUGAUCCACGCUCGGCGGCUAUGAUUACUCAUCUCUUUGGUCAGGUGGAGAGAUUUGCCCCCCGCCGCCGUCCUUUUCUGGAGGAGCAAAGGAUAGGCCAAGACUUGGAGCAGCGGAUUACCUCAUGUAGUGCCACCAUGAGGAGGGAGAUCGAGAUCGCCCGCCAAAUGCAGCAGGAGGCUGCGGAUAUCGAUGAGCAGGUGAGGCAGCUCCAAGAAAGGAAGGCUGGCAUUGUUGCCAAAGUCUCCGAGAUUGUCCGGAGCAAUAGGCCUCUCGAGGCUCAACUUCGACAGGAUGCAGCAGCGGCGGGAGCAUAUCGAGAAAGGAAGUUGAUGAUUCAGUCUACCUUGUCCGCCGGAGAUACCGCGAUGGAGAGCUUUAGGGCUGCCCUCCGCACCCUUUCCCCCGAUGCUUAG